AAUCGAAGCCAAGCAAUGAGCAGUGCAUUCAUUAAUUCAAAAAAUUCUCUGUAGGUAGCGCUAUAAUACGUAGAAGAAGGCGAAAGAAUCUGUUGGGUUCCCGUUGACGCCCAGUAUUUUAUACAAACCAUAAACACGGAUACGAUGCAAACAAUAAAGUGUGUGGUGGUCGGGGAUGGGGCAGUUGGUAAAACGUGCCUCCUCAUAUCCUACACCACCAACAAGUUCCCGUCGGAGUACGUGCCCACGGUGUUUGACAACUAUGCUGUGACUGUGAUGAUCGGCGGAGAGCCCUACACGCUGGGCUUGUUCGACACGGCCGGUCAGGAAGACUAUGACCGGCUGCGUCCCCUCAGCUACCCGCAAACCGACGUUUUCUUAGUUUGUUUUUCCGUUGUCUCGCCGUCGUCUUUUGAAAAUGUUAAGGAAAAGUGGGUGCCCGAGAUCACGCACCACUGCCAGAAGACGCCCUUCCUGCUGGUGGGCACGCAGAUAGACCUGCGAGACGACGCCGCCACCAUAGAGAAGCUGGCGAAGAACAAGCAGAAGCCAAUCACGUUCGAGCAGGGCGAGAAGCUGGCCAAGGAGCUGAAGGCCGUCAAGUACGUCGAGUGCUCCGCCCUCACGCAGAAAGGACUGAAGAACGUGUUCGACGAGGCAAUACUGGCCGCGCUGGAGCCCCCGGAACCCGUCAAGAGGAGAAAGUGUGUCAUCCUGUAAACUAUGAGGUUCCCCACGCCUAACGGAGCAGAUGAAAACAAGAAGCAGUAAUAAUUUUUGGCAUUGGCGCUCCACAUACUAACUCGCAACAUAUAAAAUAGCCUUUGAAGUGCCGAAGACUGGGUUGAGUAACGAACUGAUGCAGUGUCUUGGCAACGGUUCAUGGAACUCGGGGACGGAUCUGGGACGCCCACGAACAUUGGCCUCCAACUAUCGGAGUGUCGGAGGCGUCUUGUAGCUUCGGAGCCGCAAGAAGUCUCAAAGGCUUGAGCAGAACUGAAAUUUACAACUCUUUGUACCACAGUUCGUACGUAACCUUAGUAAUCAUUCAAACACAUUGUAAUAUUUGCCAUGGUUGUGUGUGAGUGUCCGUUUGGUUUUUGUACUUGCGUGUGCAUAUGUGGAGGAAUGGUAGAAUUGUAUCUCCCCUUGGAAUUCUUAGACUCUCGUCGUAGAUAUUCCUAGCAGCGCAAUUUGUGCUGAGCUUUACUCGCUGUAAUAAUGCAUAUCUCUUGUGUCCGUGGUUUUCUCAUCCUGUUACAUUGUUUCUGGAGGGAGUAUCGCAGGAUUUGUGCACCAGUUGCAGAUUGAUUGGGUUGGUUGGCAGAAAUGUGGAAGACUGCUCUGUAUGCUGCAUUGCCUAAAAUCUUCAAUAAGUCAUGGGUUUGUAUUCAAUUCAUUAGUAAGCUUGUUCGUGCUUGGAAUGUUUUGCCUUUGUGCUUCAAGUUUGUUGAUUUUAUUUUCAUGCAAAUAGAGUAGCACACUCUUUAGAAUUUUAUGUAACAUGUGUAUAUGUACAUCAUCGUGAUACAUCUUUAUUCUCGUAAAUGUUUCAUUAUCAAUUUGUCAUUGCAUUGUAAAUAUACCGUGUGUUAUUGCAUAAUUGUUGCACAUUUCAUCCUCAAAUCAAGUUUGAAAAGUAUGGGUGAAAUUUUUAUGCAAGAAAGUCAAUUGUGUUGAGGUUUAUUUUUUGCUUGGGAAUUACGUUUGAUGAAAAAGCAAAUUUACUAAAGUACACCAAACAUUUAAAAUUAAUUAUUCAACAUAUUUUGCAGCUUAAUUAAUAACUAAAACUGUAACUUAAAACGUGAGGUGGAACUAACGUAGUACACCCAUAACUCUCGUAGUACACACUAACCAUUGAAGAGUGCUGGUCGGGCUAUCAAAUGUAGUUUACUCAGCACAAGACAGAGUGCGCGUGUAGCAUGCAGUCAGCGAGCUAUCCAUGUUAGACUACGUACACACACUAUACAGGUAUCAAUGUAACCAAACAUGUAUGAUGCCCACAAGUGCUUGGCUAUUUUUUCAUCUGCAUAAAUGCUUCACAGUGGUUAUGAAACAGAUAAAGAUUAGGAGGUUUGAAAAGGGUUUUUAUAAGAGAAUUUACACGUUAGAAACUUUUUAUUUCUGUUAGUUAAAUAAGUAAAUGGUAAUAUCCUAACAGUGCUUAAAUAAAAACAUGGUUUCAUACGGGAAACAAAAGUUUUUGGGCAACAUCUUACAUGGAAAAAAAUUAUGUAUCUUAUGGAAAAAAUCGCGGACCGAAACAUUUGGCUGUAAUCACUGUAUUUUUCCCUAUCUGAUUGCAACUAGGAAAUUGUUCUGUGAUCUUUGGUAAAUUCGUAUUUACCACCAACACAAAGCACUCUAAAUCUAACGGAUUUAAAAAAAAAAUAAUGAGAGUAUUCUUCACCCAGCAAAAAAAGUUCUGAUGCCUUAAAAUAACAGUAUGGCGAUUAUGCAAUAUAACACUGUAAAGAGCCUUUAUGUUCGUGGCAAUGCAGUAAUACCAGUCAUAGCAGUGUGUUAAUUAUUAGCUGUGAUUGAAACGUGUGGUUAAAUACCUUCUUUUGUUUCAUUUCCCAAAACAUUUAUUAUAUGCAUGACUGUUUUGAAGUACAAUUAUUUAUGAGUUUUAUCUUCAGUGUUUAAAAAUUAUAAAGAAACGUACAAGUUUUUUUUUUUUUUUCUCAAAAUUUUUUUUAAAGAAUAUAAAGAAAGGUAGUUAAGAAAAUUUUCAAAUAUAUUUCACAAGAUAUUUAUUAAUUAAAUUAGUAUACUUAUUUUUGCUCCAUUCUACUGAUGCUUGUUUUCUUCAAGUGUGGUACAGUAUAAUCUGGUUCUGUUUUGAGAUAAAUAAAGUAGUUUAUUUACAGUGUAACCUUGUAUAACCGCUUCCACUAGUGAGAGGAAAGGUUGAAGAAGUGAUUCUCACAUUGGCACAUGUUGAUUUCUGUGGUGAUCAGACAGUUAUGAUCCAUGCAGUGCCAAUGUAAGAAUUUUGUAGAAAAUUGUACAUGAAUUAAAAUUAUUGAAUACCUUUCUGGUGUAGUACAUGAGGGAAGCCAUUAGUUACAAGCAAUGCCAAUACCAUGUCGGUGUUUCCAGUCAGCCUACACGCCAUUGGCUGUAGGUUGGCAUCAUAACACACAAAACAAAUUAGGAAUCUGUAAUGCCUUUUCGUAUCUGAGCAUCAUUAUUUUAAUAUAUCAUGAGUUUCACCAGUCCGGGAGAUAAAUUUUCUAAAUUUCUGAUUGUUUUUGUUAAGUUUGCUGGAAAUUUUUGCAGAUGCCAUAAACAGUAAAUAAAGUUCACCUUAUAAAGCACAUUUGAGUAAUUGUGAUAGCAAACUAGAGAUUUUUACUAGAAUAUACGUGUGGCAACCAAACAGUGUGUGUAAUGUCUUCGUAGUGAAGAUGGAUAAACGUAUAAGGGGGAUGCAAAGGUACACUCUGGGAGGAAACAAGGGUAAUGUGAUGCUAGAAUGUGGCUUAACAAAGGCAUGCAGACAAUUCCCGUGGUAUUGGCAUCCAUAGUUAAUAUUUUAACCUUUUUUUUUAUUACUGGUUUAGAGUUCAGAGCUGUACAGUAGUUGUGUAUCAUAAUGUAAAAUGCAUAUUUUUAUUAGCUAUAUUUUUUUUCCCCGUACAUGAUAUUCGGCAGUGUGUUGUACAGAAACUGUUCUGAGUUGUGUUGGUGAGUGGCCAAGUCGUCAGAUCUUCAAACCCUGCUUGGUUGUAUUCUGCAGUGGAGCAAUAAGGCUACUGUUUGUGCAAUUUUGGUUGUAAAAGUUUUUUGUAUAUUAAAAAGUGUAAUUUUUUUGCUA